AUGAACACCACUGAUCCAGCCGCACCUGCGACUUCAGGGCCCUCUCCGCUGGUACUUCCUCAACUUCCUUCGUUGGCAAACACAUAUGGAGCCAUAUUCAUCGGUAAUUGCGUUGCUCUCAUGUUAUAUGGUCUCACUACCUAUCAAACCUAUCGUUACUUCCGCCUCUAUCCAAAAGACUCGAUAUUUUUGAAAGGCUUGGUGGCCGUCAUAUUUUACUACCAUCUGAUCAAGAACUAUUUCAACCCCCAAACGCUUGCAGACGAUACUUGGUCUCUCAGGCUCACUGCGCCUAUGCAAGUUGUGCUACUCUUAGCCGAAACAGGAUUCAUGACCAAGCUGAGUAUGGAAGCGUACCAGGGACACCAGGAGCAGGACUUCACCGGUUUUACGUGGAUCGUGUCCGCUGCAUUUGGCUUGGCUGUGGCCGUUGACUCUAUCUUGGCGGGUACUCUCAUAGCGUAUCUCCUCGGUGGCCGCACAGGAAAUCGGCGAACCGACGAUAUGAUUCAAACUUUGAUCGUGUAUACGAUCAAUACAGGUCUUGUAACGAGCGUCGCCGGCUUGUUCACGUUCGUGUUCGCUCUAAUUAUGCCUCGCAACAUGAUUUACAUCGCCGUGGGUCUCGUGGCCACAAAGUUAUAUGCAUGCUCUGUACUCGCAUUGUUGAACAGUCGACGGUAUCUGUCGAGCAGCCUUGUCGAUACCCUCAACACUCAAUCAAUGCAGUUCAACAACGACACGGGCUGCGUUCAUUGUAGCGCCAUCCAGCGAAGGACAGCCCCCGAACCGGUCGCAGUGUCCCUCCCAGACCACGGGGACGCCGAUACAAGCGGUAAUGGCUCCCAGUCCCAAGUCGAGGAGAUGCGUUUCCGAGGAGGUGAUCUGGAGAGCGCGGCUGGCUUAGAGGCGGAGAAGAAAAUGACCGUGGACUCCGUCUAA